ACAGAGAGAGAAGAGGAGUGAGGGACAGAGGGUAGUUUUCACCAGCUCCACGAACCACGCCCCGGGGGACAGGGGGAGACGGUGGUCUCCAAGUGUCCAAACUCUUGUGAUGGAAGGGACCGUAGACUGCGAAGAUGAGUUUUAGUUAGGUCACAGAUUGGCAAGAUGAAGUUCGGGAAGAGCAUCUGCGUACUCAACGUAGGGGGAACCCGUUACGCCUUCACCCGUGAGGUGAUUAGGGAUUUCCCUCUCCGGCGCGUCAGCCGUCUGCAUGCUUGCGCAACGGAGAAAGAGGUUCUUGAACUGUGCGAUGACUACGACAAGGACCUGAAUGAGUUUUUCUUUGACCGCCACGCGCAGGCUUUUGUGUUCAUCAUGCUGUACGUGCGCUCCGGUAAACUCCGCUUUGUGCCCGGAGUGUGUGAGCUGUCCUUCUACACAGAGAUGCUCUACUGGGGACUGGAGAGCGCGCACUUGGACUCCUGCUGCCAGAAACGCCUGGACGACAGGAUGUCCGAGAUCGGACUGGACACUCUGUCCGAGAUGGACGUCGGAGUGUCGGGGGAUGAGUCCCAGAGCUCUGGCGAGCCGGUGCAACGGAUUGCGCUCACCGGUCGCGCAAAAUGGCUAGAGAAGAUGCGCAAGACAUUCGAGGAGCCCAAUUCUUCGCUUUUGGCUCAGCUCUUGGCCUUAAUUUCUGUAAUAUUUGUGCUCAUUUCAAUGAUAAUGAUGUGUGCGAGCACCCUGCCGGACUGGGAUACAGCCAAGAGAAAUAUUGUGGAGGAGCAAAGGAUAGUGGAAGCCGUGUGUAUUGGCUGGUUUACAGCAGAGUGCACUUUGCGCUUUCUGGUUGCCAGAAGCAAGUGGGACUUCAUCCGGCGGCCGCUGAACAUCAUCGAUGUGAUUGCCAUCACCCCUUACUAUGUCACCAUGGCGCUGGCCCGGGCAGGGAUGCCAGGUGCCGGGCUCGGGGUUGCUGGGGUGAUACUGCGGGUGCUGAGGAUGAUGCGCGUGUUCUGGCUCAUGAAGCUGGCCAGACACUUCUUGGGCCUGCAGACACUGGGGCUCACGCUCACGCGCUGCUACCGGGAGAUGGUCAUGCUGAUGGUGUUUGUCUUCGUCGCGAUGGCAAUAUACAGCGCUCUGGCCCAGCUGCUGGAGCACGGGCUGAACUUGGAAGCGCAGAACCCGGAUUACGCCAGCAUCCCAGCAGCCGCCUGGUGGGUCAUCAUUUCAAUGACGACGGUGGGGUACGGGGACGUGUACCCCGUGACAAUUGGGGGACGGGUGCUUGGGGGAAUGUGCGUCGUGAGCGGCAUUGUUCUCUUGGCACUGCCCAUCACAUUCAUCUACCACAGUUUUGUACAGUGCUACCAUGAACUCAAACUCCGCUCUGCCAGAUGCACACGCAGCCUGGCAAUGGAGUUACUGCAAUGAGCAUGCAUUCAUACCAAAACACAUGUGGCCCUGCAUACAUCAGAAAGAAACUCAACCAACCAGUGGACCUGUUGAUCCCAUUGUCAAAUAUCGAUCUACUUUGUGCCCGACGCUGUUUCCUGCCUGAGCUGCACCUGAUUUUAAUUGGCCUGUCUAGUUCCUUCCUGUUGUGUUGAUGAUCUCCAAUCAUUGUCUUCGACCAGCAUGCUCUGCGCCGUCUUCUCCCCAACAACACCGCUUGGACUGAAGAAUAGGAUUAAAUAAUGAUUUAUUAAACACACACAGGCACAGUCAAUUUAGUUUUGACAGCGGCUGCUGUUGACACUGUAUUCCCAUGGCUACAACAUUGGCAGAGACUGCUGCUUUUUUGUAUGCUGCAUCCAGCGCUGUGUGUGUGUGUCUGUGUGUUUGUUUGUCUGGACAUCACUUUUGUCUAAGCUUUGCAUCCAGAUGGUACAAGUUACACAAGAUUGAUGUGUGACCUGGAUGCAUUCUGUUAAACCAUGUGAAAUAUAGACAGAUAGUGAACAAGUGAGUGUGAAAUGGGGAUGCAGAGGUGCUACACAGAGGGCUUUGUGUGUAGGAGGGGCUUAAGCCAGGGAUAAUGAAAUAUAGAGACAUGUCAGGAGCAAAGACUAGAAGGUGACAGACAAACAAAGGUCUGACAGAUAUGACAGCGCAGAUGGAGCGUGAAAUGGUGGAUAAAAGAUUCCUGGGACAAAAAUGACAAAGAGACAACAGAAUGUGGAGCAACCGCGAGCACAAAGAAUGAAUAGACGGUGAGUGUGUUGCGUCUCCAUUUGCGAGUGAGUGUAAGGCAUUUAAUAUUACUGUGUCUCCAAGGCAACCUCCAUUCUCCAACAUGUCAAUCAUAAUAGUGGUUGAUUUUGUUGUGUGCACAAAAAUAGGCCACAUCCACGCACACGACUCCUGGCUUGCGUUUUUGCUUUUGCAAUUGUUGGGAAAAUAACAUCACAGGAUUUGUUGAAUUACAAAAUGUAGAAGAGAAAAAGAACAAGAGCGGAAAAAAAAAUGAACAUGAUGGUUCUGACAUUGAUGAUUCAGACAUGUUUCCACUGCUCGUGGUUUGCCAAGAUGAUGUGAUUCGUUAGACACAUGAUCCAAACAAACAAGUCAACACCUCUCCCACACAACAGUCUUUCUCUGCAUCUCCUCUCCUGUUGCCAUCAACCAUCCUCUUUUUAAACACACACACAUGCACACACACAAGCUCUCACGCUCCUCUUUUGUAAACUUUGCAGCCUUGUAUGAGUUCAGUGUUUAUUGUACACAGAACAUAUUUCACUGUUGUUCUUGUUGUGUUAUCAGUGUGCUUUUUAAGUAGUCACAAAAAUGAGCGAUAAUCAGUAUUUUACCACCUUGCCCUACAGCACAGUUUUCCAACGUAUGUGGCAUAGCUUAUAGCGCAGUGAAUUUUGGCUGGGCCUGAUUGAAACCAUCAGUCAAAACUUUUUCAUCAGUAGACUACAAACUUGUGAUUAAUGUUAUUCAUGUAUGAGCUUUUACAAUAAAAUGUCUCAGAGAAAA